UGGCAUUAUGCUGGUCAGCGAAAGAUACGUCGAUCGUUUCGCGAGACAGGUGGGAGAAGCGGUUUAAAUACGGAUGGGCUUGUUCAAUUGGUCAUCACUACUCAGUCAAUCGAUUAUUUGCAAAUAUCGCUCCAUUCAGGUGCAAAAUGUUCGCCAAAUUGGUAUUCGCUGCUUGCUUGGCCGUUGCUGCUGCCAAGCCUGAGCCUGGACUUCUGGGAGCACCUCUGGCAUACAGCGCUCCACUCGCGUACAACCUUCCACUCGCUUAUAGUGCUCCGCUGGCGUACAGCGCACCAUUGCUCCAGCAAGGGCUCCUUAGAACAGCUUACACGCAAACCGUUGGACGUAGCUAUGCUACUGGUCUCCUGCCGUCGGUUACUCCGCUCACUUACGCCGCUCCAGUGGCCCCUCUAGCCGCUGCUGCUCCGCUGAACCCAAUCACUCCACUGACUUAUGCCGCCGCAACUCCGUUCGCCGCACCUGCUUUUAUUCCUGGUGUGACGCCAGCCAUAGCCCAAGCUCCAGUCGUGACGCCCGCCAUUGCACCAGCAGUUGCAGCCGUUGCCAGAACUCCGAUCGCGACCCCAGUUGCCACUCCGGUAGCUGGACCCAUUGCCCCAGUGCCUAACGCAGCUGUAGCCCCAGUCGCCCCUGCUGCUCGUUUAACUGCUGCUGCUCCCGCUCCGUUCACUACUUACGGAGUUCCAGCGGCCGCAAUCUAGGCAAGCACGUAGACCAAUUUGUUGUGAUAUUUUAGAGCAAUUUGUGCAAGUAAUUGUUUGCUAGUGACAGUAGUUUGUAAGGUUUUUGUUUCGUUUACACAACUAGCUUUAUUGUUUCUCAUUAAAUGUUUUAAAAAUUGA